CUAUCACUUGAGUACUAUUUAUAGUGAGUUAGGCCCCACUAAAACUUAAUUAAAAGGGAAAGUUCAUAAUAAUCCACCCGAGUAUUUGGAUUUCAAUCGAUUUCAUGUCGCGACCAUGCGCAGCUGCUCUUUGUCGAGCCAAAAAGAUGACCGAACAGUUCUGUAUACAAAAUUGUGAUAUCUACCAUAAUACUAGCAAAAUUACACAAAUAGUGAGCGAAAACCGGAAGUUCAGUUAAUUAUGGAACUCGUUACAAAAUUGCAGUGUUUAUUUGUGAUCCCACUUUCCAGUUCGAGUGAUUACACGUUUGUGUUUUUGUUAAAGACAUUCAAAAAUAUUUAGAGUUGUUGUAAAUUAAGCCAAUAUAGAAAAAUGGGGAACUUGCAAACGAGCGAGCCUAAAAACGCCCCCAAGGCCGGCAAAGCCCAAGGUAAAGUAAAGUCUUUGAUAAAAAUCAGGGGAAAAAAGGGCAAAAUCGACUCGGCACAAUUCACCGGAGUGGUCCCUGAAGAAGCCGAAGACUCAGCCCUGGACGACUCGCUCCCGGUCGCAGAAAAGCCGAAAUCCAGCACCGACAAGAUCGUAGUGACCGACUCCUGGUGCAAAGUCAACCGCUUGACUGAAGACGUCGAGAAGAAAACCAAAACGCCACCGAGCGCCGUCUCCUCGAGCUCCGACUCGAACUUCACGGACCCUUUGACACCAAUGGGCUUCAACACCGAAAUGAACCAGUGCUACUACAGCGAGGAGAGCGUCAACCUGGACGUCGAAGUCCCCAACAGCACCACCCAGGAGGAGUUCCUCCACAACCUCACCCUCAACAGCUUCAAAUUGAACGAAUAUCGCGCCAGGCACGAGGAGGAGAAGUCGAAAAAGUUGAGCAAACUCGGAGUGUCCAAAACAAGCCAAAUUAGUCUGGACAGCGAUCCGAAGGACAGUUUCGUGUCGGACAACGUCGAAGUUGUUAACAAGGACGAAGAGCCCGAUAGCGGCACGCUGAAGAGGAAGUCGCGAGAUAGCGGAGAGGAACAAAAAGUCGCGCACAUGGUUAAGAGGAUGUCCGAUAAUAAUUUAUCAAACGGACAUGUGGAGUACAAGAGACACAUGUCGGUCCCCGCUGAAAUCCAGCCGAGUCCUGAUGGUUCAGUAUUGAAAAAAGUUGCUUCGCUUAAUUUAAACAAAGCCGAACUUGAGGCGAAGAUUUCAAAGCCGAGGUUUGUUCCCGAAAAACUGGAUUUUCAACUGUACGAAAAAUUCGAAGGUCACAUGUUGGUGAAUUGGUACUUGUCUGAGUUCAGUGAAGACCACCACUUGGUUCAGUUGCUGAACGGCCAAGAGUUGAAGCUUCUGGCGAUCCAGUUCUGCACUCACCUCCUGGCCGCUGGCGUUUUGCGUCAAAUCCCAGACAAAGAUGUCCCAAUGUACAACAUAUUCAAACCCGAUUGCAUGUACUACUGGGCCCAUGCGGAGACUCCAAUGUCCGUCCCUCAGACACCGGGAAGGCUCAGCAUGGUUUCGUGGCCUCCGACAUCGCCAUCGGAGGCUUUCCUCACAGCGAGCAUAAACGACGCCGCCACGGCGUCAUCACCUAAAAGUCCUGAACUGCCAUUCGGGGAACCCGAAGAGCGACCUAGGAGCAACCAAGAGUUCAAAAACUCGGCCCGAGACGUUGAAAUCCUAGCACUAGAGGAAGAAAUCAAUCGGUUGAAGCAGGAAGUAGAGAAGUACAAAACCAUGAUCGAAAUCCAAAAUUUAACCGCGAAAACGGUCGAGGAUUUCAGCUCUCCCGUCGAAGAAAACAAAUCGUUUAAAGGCUGUGAUAGUAGUUUCAAUAAAAUAGUUCAAACAGACAAUGCACAAACCACAAGUGAAGCACAAUCGACUCAAACCGAAGAAACUCAACGUACAGACAAAGCAACAAUCACUAACCAAUCUCAAACAAUUUCCCCCCAACCAACCGCCACGGAAGUAGCCCUGGGGGGAACAACCCCAUCGCCACCUCCCCCCUCCUCAAAAAGCACCACUAUCCCAACCCCGCCCCCACCUCCUCCUCCCCCAAUGCCGGGAAUUGGAGCGCCCCCACCUCCUCCAAUGCCGGGAAUUGGAGCGCCCCCACCUCCUCCAAUGCCGGGAAUUGGAGCGCCCCCACCACCUCCAAUGCCCGGGAUUGUCGGACCCCCACCGCCCCCCAUGCCGGGAAUGGGGGGCCCUCCACCGCCCCCAAUGCCGGGCACGGGGCCGCCGCCCCCUCCGCCCCCAAUGGGCGGUGUGCCUCCGCCCCCGCCGCCGAUGGGAGGGCCGGUGCCGCUGCCGCCGCCCCCAGCCGGGGGGUGGAGUUCGCAAAAGGCAGUGGUCCCCCCCGUUCCAGUGUCCUUAGGAUUGCGAAAAGCCACUUUAAAUCCGAAAGUACCGAUGAAGCCUUUGUAUUGGACCAGAAUCCUGGCACCUGCUGGAACAGAUAGUGUCAAUUCUCCGUCAUCUGAUGCUCUUUGGACACAAAUAGAUGAAUUACCUUUAGAUAGUUUAAAUGAAUUCGUGGAUUUAUUUUCAAGGCAAGUUGUUACGAGAAAACCUACGGUGAAGAAACAAGAACAGAAGGCUAAAGCUGAAGCUGUCAAGCUUUUGGAUAGUAAAAGAUCACAAAAUGUUGGAAUCCUUGCUCAAAGUUUACACGUAGAUUUCCAAGAAAUUGAAAAUGCUAUUUACAAUUUUGAUACUUCUAUCGUUAGUUUAGAAGCUUUGCAACAGAUUUACGAAGUUAGAGCAACUGCAGAAGAAUUAGAACUUAUUAAAAACCAUCUAUCAACGAAACCUAACAUACCAUUAGACAAGCCUGAACAGUUUUUACACGAAUUAUCGGAAAUAUCAAAUUUCGCGGAUAGAAUCGCUUGCUUAAUGUUUCAAGUUGAAUUCGACGAUUCUAUCAAUACUAUAGGGCAUACUUUAACAAAUAUAAAAACUACUUGUGAUUACUUAGUUAAUAGUAAUGAAUUAAAAGAAGUUUUUGCAAUAAUUUUAACUCUGGGAAAUUAUAUGAACGGCGGCAAUAUGACGCGUGGACAAGCCGACGGGUUCGGCUUAGAAAUUUUACCAAAAUUAAAAGACGUUAAAUCGAAAGAUUCCAAAGUCACGCUUCUCCACUACAUUGUCAAAAUCUACAUGAAAAAAAUCGAAAACCCGUUUGAACCCAAUGUUGUACUACCCGUACCGGAACCUGGAGAUAUCGAACGCGCAGCUUCCGUAAAUUUUGACGAUGUCAAAGUAAAUUUACAAAAACUGGAAAAACAACUAACAGAGUGUGAGAAAAAAAUCCAGAAAGUGAUUGACUCAUCAAACCCCGACAAUCUUCAACCUUUCAAGGAUAAGAUGACCACGUUCUUGGAACACUCGAAGAAACAGCUUGCAACAGAAUUCGAAAAUUUGGAAGAGUGCAAAGUCAAGUUCAUCAAGACGAUGAAGUUUUACUUGUUUAAGCCCAAAUCGGGGACUUUGGAAGAUUAUCCCCCGAACUCAUUUUUCGAAAUGUGGCUACCAUUCUGCAUCGACUUUAAAGAUAUCUUCAAGAAGGAACUGAUCAGAAUGGAGAAAGAAAAGAUCCAAGAAAUGAGGAAACGCGAAAACGAGCGAGUGUCGGAACCAAUAAAGAUAAAAGAGCGCGAAAACGGACUAAAAUCGAAAGUCAAGAAACUCCAAGCCAAACACGCUUCACAGGUGGAGACCAAUUAAUACUUAUACAAAGUUUACGUUAUGUAUUUGUUACAAAAAUAAGUUUUAUUUAUUGUUUUACGUCGAAUAUUACCUGUGUUACUAAUAAAAGUUUAAAAUUUA